GCAAAAUGGAAGAAGCCUCAUGAACGCACCUCAUUCACACACACACAGCAUGAAGAGUUGGAGGCUCUGUUUAGCUGCAAUAUGUUUCCAGAUAAAAACCUCCAGAGAGAACUUGCUUUAAAACUCAACCUACCAGCGUCACCAAUAAAGAUUUGGUUCAGGAAUCAGCAGUUCAAAAAGAGGAAGCAGCAGUGGCAACAAGAGCAGCAAUCACUGAAGCCACCGAACCAGGUCCUUCCAGCCAAGAAUGUGCCCACAGCAUCAACCAGUCCUCAUUCUUUUCUCCCUGCAGUUUCAGAUUCUUAUAGCUCCCACUCACCUCAGCCCUUAGACCCUUUCCAUUGGGCAAGGGACUCUAUAAUCACUGAGAUUGCUACAAGUGAUGUCCAAAUGCAAGAUCCUCAGUUGGAGAGGCUAGUGGCCUCAGUUCCUGCUUUGUACUCUGAUGCCUAUGACAUAGCACAAAUCAUGGAACUGUACAGUUUUCCUGAUGAGGAUGAGAUAGCCAGCUCUUCUUUCCAUUCUCUGUAUCAUUAUCUCUCGCCGACAAAGCCCAGUUAGAAGAGUUCCUUUCUUAGCCUCUUUGCUGAUCCAGCUGUAGGUUUAUCUCCUGGGCAAACCUGCUUCAGUAUGACAAGCUGGAGCUUUGCAGCCUACAGUCUAAGAAACAGCCUGGAAUUCCAGAACCCCUUCAGUAUGGCACACUUUGGAGGUUGCUGAUCAAAGUACUAAUAAAUAUCAGACAGUAUUGAAAAAGGAUCUUCUUGCAUCUUGUACAUGCUCUUUCCUUUGCCUGCUUUUAACCCAAAUAUCUGGCUCAGUGUUACUUGGAUUUCCAUGGAAAUGUUGUAAAAACUAGGAGUUUCCCGCAAGUAUAGCUCAGUACUACACAAUCAGCCCCACAACUCUCCCUGGAGAGGACUUCCUAGUCCCUUUGAUGGCCAAUGAGGCUGCAAAAUUCCCUCUUCCCAAAACUAUCUUUGACUUUUUAAAAGGUCAGUAGCAUUUAGGGGUCAUCCACUUUUAAUGUCAGCAGGUUUAUAAACUUACAUUUUCAACAGACUUUUAGAAUGACAGUUAAGCUAAUUUUCCAGCUAUAUGAUUAAUGAACAAAAUUAAUGGCA